AUGGAUACCAUCGAAGAAGAAGAAGAACUACUCUUCCUAGCUAUGGAGCAGAGCCGCGAGCUUGUUGCUGCUGGAGCAAUGGCGAUUGACCUCGAUCUCGCCUUCAAUAUGCAGAUGCAGGAGGCAAUGAACGCCUCUCUUGCUCCGCAUUGCUCGACUUCGAUUCUCUCUCCGCAAGAAGAAUCGAUGUUAAGUCUUUUCGAUUAUCAGUUCGAAGGUGCCGUCGCGGACGAUUAUCUCGCUUCCGUAAUCGCAGAGGAUAUAGUGACUUGUGAGCAGGAAAAGAGGGACCAUAUAAUGGCGGAGUCGGAGAUGCUUAGAUUAAAAGAGGAAAUUGGACGCGUUGUUCACGAUAUGCGUUUCGCGAAUGAGCUUAAUCAAGUUCCUGAGAGUCAAUGGGAGAAAAAUGGUGAUAAUAUUGAAAAACCAUAUGGUUCAUAUGGAGAUGGUGCAUCUUCUUCUCACUCGGCUCCGGUUACGCACAAUAAUGAAGUUUUUAAUCUCUAUACCAAAGGUAUCUUGUGGAAAGGGACAGAUAUCAGAGGACAACAUAAGAUAUGGGGAGGAAUUGGGAUUGCACUAUGUGAUUUAGGUAACAAUUUGGUUUUUAGGAUGGCGAAGCCCGUGGUAGCUGUUGAAAUGGUCAGUGAAGUGGUUGAGCUGAAAGCCUUGGCAGAAGGUCUCAAUAUUGCUCUUCAAUUGGGCAUUAAACGUCUCUCCUUGUUUAUAGAUGAUGCCCAAUUGCAUGGAUAUGUCCAAGGGACAUUGAAACCAAACAAUGGAAAUGUAGCAUCCUUGAUUGGUCAGUUGACACUUCUAUUCAGAAAAUUCUCUCAUUGUACUUCAACUCUAGUUGAGCAAAAAGAUGUAAGCAUUUCUGUUAAACUUGCACAAGAGGCAAUAGAUUCCCAGAUAACUAGGGAAGCUGAAGAUAAUAAUAGUGGUAAAAACUCAGUCAACUGUUCCAUCUGUUUGGAAGAUACAGAUAACUUCCAGAUGUAUAAUAUAGAAGGUUGUUUGCAUUCAUACUGCCUUUGUUGUAUGAAACAACAUGUUGAAGUACAACUUCUUAAUGGGAUUCUUCCAAAAUGUCCCCAUGAAGGAUGUAAAUCCUCCCUGACUCCCGAGAGCUGCAAACAAUUCUUGCCCUCUAAAUUGUAUGAUAUUUUGAUGCAAAGAGUGACUGAAGCUUCUAUUCCUGCAAUGAGGAGGAUAUAUUGCCCAAAUCCUAAGUGCUCGGUACUAAUGUCAUCCACUUUGGUUUUGCGAAGUGGGCAUACAAAUGAAGCUAUAAAAUGUGUAAAUUGUCGUAUGCUCUUCUGUGGGCAUUGCAAAGUCCCUUGGCACUCUAACAUGUCUUGUGAAACAUAUGUCAUGUUAUAUCCUAAUCAAACUGAAGGUGAUGCAAAGCUGAAAUCUGUUGCUGCUCAAAACAAGUGGAGGCAAUGUUUCAAGUGUAAAAAUAUGGUUGAACUUCGAGAAGGAUGUUACCACAUUUAUUGCAGAUGUGGCCAUGAAUUCUGCUACACUUGUGGAGCUGAGUGGAGGAAUAAAGGCGCAACAUGUAAAUGUCCUAUAUGGGAUGAGAAGAACAUAAUUCGAUAAUUCGAGACGCAUGAACAUAGGUAAAAC